GUGGCCAGAGGGUUCAGAGAUUCUCUGACGUACUUGGAGGAACUUGGAAUUCAAGUCAAAAUGCCCUCAUUUAUGGAAAAAGGGGAGAAACAGUUGUCUACAGAUGCAGCCAAUACAAGUCGUUUAGUAACAAAGAUAAGAUGGGUUGUUGAGAGCGCAAAUGCAAGAAUAAAACAAUGGAAAUACCUCAGUUACAUUUUGCCAUCCAGCCAGAUCCCCUUUAUAGGGGAUUACAUCAGAAUUGUAUGCAGCAUUUGCAACAGGUAUUUGAAACCCCUUGCCAGUGGGAGUGUUGAAGAGGACCAGGCUCUUGGAGCUAAGAUGCUAUUUCUGUCCAAACAGGUAAACCAGCUGAAGGAGCAAGUGGAGGAACAGCAUCUAGACCGCCGGACUGUAUGUUGGAGAGAAGUGAGCGAGGUGGUUGACUUCCCACAGUUGGAUGAGGAGAGGCUGCGUGAACUGACGUGUGGAUGUUACCAGCUCCGUCUAUCCGCCAGCUAUGCUCAAGAGCACAUAGAAGGGGGCUGUACCAUCCACAUGCACAAGGAGGAGGAGGGACUAUUGAGGAUACGUCUUCAGAGCAGGCACAUUUCUUCAAAAACCUACCAACUCUGGAUUAGGUACAAGGAUGGUGACAUUGUUGCAUGGUAUUGCAAGUGUAGAGCUGGUGCGCGGGUUGUUGGCAUGUGCGCUCACACAGCAUCCAUUGUAUGGUACCUUGGGUGUGCGCGGCACAGAUGUAACCCCUGAGGCAGAAUUGGAGUGCGUGACUGGGGAGAGUUCUUGGAGGAUGCCACAGCAGUGGACGAGUCUGAAGAA